AUGCACCAUCAAAAAGAAUUUGAUGAAGAUAUACAGAAGCUAGAAAUUAUUUCAUAUUACAAUAGAACUAAGGGAGGUGUGGAUGCAUUAGAUGAAAAAUGUUCGGUGUACUGUACCGGUCGUCGUACUCGCCGAUGGCCAUUGGCAAUAUUUUAUCGUCUUUUAGAUAUCUCUAGUGUAAACUCAUUUGUCUUACACAAUUCAUUUAAAAAUAAUUCUAUAUUAUCAAGAUCUGAUUUUAUGAAAAAACUUGCAUUUGAACUAGUGAAGCCUGAAUUAGAACGGAGAUACGAAAAUGGUUGCAUUUUGCGAGACAUAAGAUUUAGUAUAGGAAGAGUUCUAGGAAAGAGUAAAAAUCUAAAAGACACGCCAUUAUACGAAGGUAAAUUGAAAAAACAAAAAACUUGCCGCAUAUGUCCGCCUAAACUAAAAAGGAAAACGACAUUCCAGUGCUACCUUUGUGGAGACCCAAUAUGUCUACAAUGCUGUAAAACAGUUUGUUCUAAAUGUAUGGGAUGCUAA